AUGGUGAAGGACUCCCACAACCUCAUGCUCAGGCUCAUGCCUGAAAUCAUUUCAAGCAUUGUUAUUCUCGAAGCCAUCAAGGACUUCAGCUACUGGAUGGACUGCAUAGAUGAGAUCGAUGACAAUAACCGUUUGUUCAAGUACUCAGUGAUUGAAGGUGGCCUACUCGGGAACAAAGUGAAAUCAACUACAUUUACACUGGAGUUCAAAGAUGGAGUCAAUGGUGGAAGUGUAUGCAAGUUUCAUGGAGAGUUUGAGACUGUAGAAGGUAACCUGCCAAAAGAAGAUGAAACCAAGGAGAUGAUGGGAAACAUGGAGGGAAUGUUCAAGGCAGUAGAAGGACAUCUCCUUGAAAAUCCAAAUGCAUAUGUAUAG